CUGCUGCGUCGCAUCAUGUGUGUGUUUGUAGGUCUGAUUUCAUCCUGUUUAUUUCUGUUUUUCCAGUUUGAUACCAAGCCGGUCCUGUUGAGGAGUCUGAAGUGGAUCGUCAGCCUUCCCGUUUCUAUAAAAAUCUAGAUGUGCGUAUCAAGGUGUCUGCGAUGUGUGGGCGUGUCUCUAGUUCCCAUGGCGAUUGUCUGCAUACUGUGCAACAUCCUGCUACUGGUUCCUGAGCUGAAGAUCCAGUUCCUGUUGGACGGUCAUGUGACUAGAGAGGCUACCUGGGCCACAGGACUGUGGGGCUCUGGCUUCCUGGUUCUACUUGGAGCUCGAGCCUUUGUCCAGAGCAGCAGAACCCGAGGCUGCUGUGCGUUCAGGAGUCAGGUGACCUCAGGCUCCACCCCCUCUCGCACCGAUUUUCAUCACAGAUGUUUUUUUUAUCAAAGUGAAAUCUGGAAACCACACAUCUGUAUUUUUCUGACACGUGUGAGCUGCUCCAGAUGUUGUCAGUCAUAUCACGUCUCUCUUCUCCAGAUGUUGUGCCAGCUGCUUUACUCCUGCCUGUGUCUGCUCUCUGCUGCCUCCUGCUCCCUGGUCAGUGCCACUGGUCUGUCUCAGGGUCCCCUCUGCCUCUACAACGACUCCUCUGGUCCCACCUGGGGGGUCCCGCUGCAGCCCCUCCCAGGCCGACACUCGGGAUACCUGUUCAACAGGACUCUGUGGUCUGGGGUCUGCUUGGAGCCCAGCUCGGUGGUCCAGUGGAACUUGGUCCUGUUCAGUGUGAUGGGGACUGUGAGCGGACUGCAGACGGUCCUCUGUGGGGCCAACAUCCUGAACUCCAUACUUGGCCUGAUUCUGGGCCGGGGCCUCUCCCACAGUAAGAUCAGUCCAGUUUCAGUUUGACGUGAGUUCGAUCCUGGGAGCUCCAACUGUGAUACACAGAAUUAAAAUUAAGUCUUUCACUGAUGCACUUUAGAUAAUCAAUAGCAUGAAGAUCAAUAACUUGAAAUACCUCGACCUUACGCAGGAUUGCAGUACAUGUACCUUUUAAUAAUUAUUUAUUUAUUUUCCUGAAUAAAACUAUUCAAACAUCCAGUUAAGCUAAAUAAUCAAUAAUAAAAUAAUAUCCUCGUGCUUAAUAAGAGCUU